AUGAAAAAGCGAACUAUCGAACAUAUAAAGAUAACCAAGACACUCUGGUGUGUAGAUUAUUACAUAACUCAAACAUCACAAGAAGCGGAUUUUUAUAUGUGGACUGUUGAUUGUAUAAGCGAUAUCAAUUUCUGUGAAAAUGCAUCCAACAAUGUCCACCCUGCAACUUCGAAGUAG